UAUAGCUUCUCUGUCAAAGCUUGUCUCACUGGAUGAGAUUAACAAUGUAGCAGAUUCCCUUGGAAGGCAAACAGGAUGAAGUCCCCAAGACUGCUAGAGACUGACAGUAAGUCUCUGUACUCUGUGAAUGGGGUCCUGCGAAGUCCCACCUCACCCAAAACCCUCCCUUUUGAGGAUGGCUUAUGGGGUAAUGUCAUUAAAGAAUGGGACGACUGGCGAAAGAGAAAAGUGGGACAGAUCAAGGUGCUGAUUAGGAGGGGUGUCCCUGAUCACCUGCUGGCCGCUGUGUGGCAGCUGUUGUGUGAGGCUCAGAAUGUUGAUGUGCGGCAGAAGUACUCAGAUCUACUGAAGAGCUCUUCUCCCUCUGAGAAGCUGAUACUCAGAGACCUGACACGUAUCCUCCCUCAACACCAGCUCUUUCACAACAAGGUCGCUACAUGCCAGAAACCACUGUUUAAUGUGCUGAAGGCUUACUCAAUCUUGAUUGGCUACUGUCAGGGAAGUGUGUUUAUUGUAGGUCUAUUGCUCACACAGAUGGCUGAAGAGGAGGCCUUCUACAUUUUUGUGAGGCUAAUGAAGGACUUCAGAAUGAGGGAUCUGUAUAGAUCUAAUAUGGUUGAACUCAGCUGCUGCAUUAACCAGUUUGACGCUAUGAUUAAGGUUGACAGCAACGACCAGCUGGCAGCCGCACAGAUGUCAUCAAUAGAGAUCCCACUGGACAACGCCCAGGAGGAGGCCAUCCCUCGAGUGGAGUGGGCCCUCACCCCAAUAGGGCAUUUCAAGCCCUCUGUGGCAUAA